AUGGAGAAUCAUGAAUAUGAUAUUGAUUCUUAUUUAAAUGCUAUGAUGCUACCAUGUGGUCACAUCUACCUUGCAGUAUUAAAAGCUGCCAUUGAGCUCAACCUAUUUGAGAUCACUGGUAAUAAUGGAAGUUCAUCAAAGGGCAUGUCACCCUUUGAAAUCGCUUCCAAGCUUCCAAAUAAAUACACCGGUGCCGAUCAUCACCUUGAUCGGAUGCUGCAGAACUUCAAGCAAGUGAUUCUUGAUGAGAAAGGGGAGGUGUUCAAGAAAAUUCAUGGGAUGUCUAUGUUUGAAUAUAUGGAAAUAGAUCAAACAUUCAAAACUAUUUUCCACAAGGCAAUGGCUAAAAUAUCAAAUAUGCAAAUGGACGAUUUUGUGAUAUAA